AAACUAAAGCAAACAGAGGGUUCAACCAGAUUGACAUCAUACAACCUGCUCCCUGUCUACUCGCAAUAAAUAAGACUCUUUUAUCAGUGAUGCUUCCGUCCGCCUAGCACAGAUGGAACGGCGUCCGAGAUGAUCGUCCAGAUCGUUAUCAGCCUACUUCACACUUUAUUCAUCAUCAACGCGGUCACUGGCAGCAGCUGUAGCGACGAGGAAUGGCGGGAUUAGAUAGCACGCAGGUACCCUCCAGCGCCACCUCACAGGCCGCCGACGGCCACGUGCAAAGUGUGGAUGAACUGAGCCGUUCACUGCAGCGGUUCAAUUGGCCCGACUACCUGGUGUUUGUGCUGAUGUUGGUCAGUUGUAUCUUUAUUGGAAUCUACUUCGGUUACAAGGAUCAUUUGAAGCAUAAAAAUCGGAAAACUGCCCGAAGAGAUUCGGAAGCUCUGGAUUAUCUGGUCGGAGGAAGGAAAAUGAAAAUUUUCCCAGUAGCGGUUUCGUUGGUAGCCAGCUGGAUAUCUGGAAUAUCAUUACUUGGGACAUCGACGGAAAUCUACGUUUAUGGAACGCAGUACUGUUAUAUAGUGUUCGCAGUAAUUGUGAUGGGCUUUGUGAUGCAUUACAUAUUCUUGCCUGUGUUUCAUGAUUUGCAAAUUACUUCGGCCUACGAGUACUUACAGCUGCGUUUUGAUAAGCGGAUGAGACUUUUAGGGUCGCUCCUGUUUACUUUGGCUUUGUUACUAUGGCUUCCGAUCGUUGUUUACGUCCCAGCGCUGGCAUUUAACCAAGUGUCCGGAAUCAACAUCCACGUCAUUACCCCGAUCGUUUGUCUGGUUUGCAUCUUCUACACUAGUGUGGGCGGAGUAAAGGCCGUGGUAUGGACGGAUGUCUUACAGACGAUGGUUAUGGUUGGUGCAAUGGUUAUUGUUAUCAUCAAAGGGACUAGCGAUGUCGGUGGUCUUGGAGUGGUUAUAGAAAGGAACUCUGCUGGACAGCGUUUCGAAAAACCAGAUUUUGAUCUCGAUCCAACAACAAGGAGCACGUUUUGGAAUUUAUUCAUUGGUGGAACCUUCUUCUGGACUUCCACCAAUGCCAUCAAUCAGAACAUGAUGCAGCGCUACCUGGCACUUCCCACAUUACGGGCAGCACGAAAAGCUUUGGUUCUGUUCAUUAUUGGGACGACGAUUAUUCUUUCCCUUUGCUGUUACAACGGACUUCUUAUUUACGCGAAGCACUAUGACUGUGAUCCUCUCAGUACCGGUUUGGCCAAGGCAAAAGAUCAGCUGGUACCGCUUCUAGUGAUGGAAGUUCUAGCGGUUUAUCCUGGCUUGGCGGGACUCUUCGUUGCUGGUAUUUUUAGUGCAGCUCUGAGUUCACUGUCGACCGGAUUAAAUUCACUCUCAGCAAUCGUCCUGGAAGAUUUUUGCAAGCCAUUUGUAAAGCGUCCGUUGACUGAACUACAGACACGUUAUCUCAUGAGGUGUACUGUCUUGAUAUUUGGAGCCUUGGCAGUGGUUUUGGUGGUAGUGGUUGAAAAAAUGGGAGCCGUCUUGCAGCUAUCGAUGAGCUUAGGACCUGUUACGUUAGGACCCCUUUUCGGGCUUUUCAUAAUGGGAAUAUUUUUCCCCCGCAUCAACGGAUUGUGUGCUAUAAUCGGAACUAUUGGAGGACUCGCGACGAUGGGCUACAUAGUGAUUCGAUCUCAGAUAUCAAUCGCUCUCGGUGAAAUCGUUUUCACUGAAAAGCCUGUCACAGUGGCUGGUUGUGCGUAUGAUUACAUUCCAUUGAAUAAAACGUCCAGUUUUCAUUUUCCAACCGAUGGAUCGCAAACAACGGUAGAGAAAUCUCUGCAUCACGUUUCGUUUCUUUACUACACCCUGAUCGGCUCUAUGGUGCCUACGAUCAUAGGCUAUCUGUGUUCAGUUAUCAUAAGCUUUACCGUUGGAUUUAGUCCGGAAGAUAUGAACAUUGAUCCACUCCUGUUGGCACCAUUCCUGCGCAAGUACUAUCAAUCGAAUAAAGUGAAAAAUAUGGCCGAAGUCAUACACGAGUUCGAAACGAAAGAUAUUCAGCUUUAACUUAAAAGCGAGAUAGUGCGAUUCGGUGUGAAUGGAAUAAAGCGAAAUGUGUCGAGACUGAA